AUGCAAGCUGAACUUAUCCAGAAAGGCUUCCUGGUUGCAUCUGGUGUGCAAAGCCUAGAUGCUAACGUGGACCUAAUCUAUUAUUCCCCGGAUGCGUUGGACACCCCAAUUGAAUUUGAAGACUCGCCAACUCUUGGGUUAAUCAGAGGAAAGACAUUGACUGAUGGCAUAGAACCACUUGAUGGGAGAUUCCCCGUCCACCAUAACACAAGGCUCUCCGCUGCUCUGUCAUCGUAG